CAUCCCCUGCUCAAGAUGAAGUUCCUUUCCUGCUCGCUGUUUUCUGAUCCUUGGCUGCUCUCAUUUCUCCAGGGAGCCGCUGUGGCCAAGCCCACGGGUCAACCUGGCUGCCAGACGGCGGAGGAAGUGGCGGUGAUCUUCUAUCCCCACUUCUACCUGAAGAGCUCCUACUGGAUCUGCUCCGCCCAGGGUGUUCCCGCCACCCUGGGUCAGUGUCCGGUGGCCACUGCCUACUUGGACUCCGCCAAGGCCUGUGUUGCCUGGCCACUUUGGACCUGGUUACCCACUGUCCAGCCACCCAGUCAACCCGAAAUCGCUGCCUGAAAUGGGAUAUAUAACAUUUCAAAUGGUUACUAAAUAAAUAAUUUAUUAUACUAAAUUA